AGCCCGAGGUGAGCAGUUCGGUUUCAGUGUGAUCCGGAUUGUGAUUCGGAUUGAAUCAGGGCGGCGGGUGAAGGCAGCGCGGUGUUACUGUGAGCUCUGAGGGGAAGCUAGGCUAAGCUAGGCUAAGCUAACAGCUGUACGGCGGGACCACAGCAGCGGGUAGAACCGGAGAUGUGACCCGGUUACCGGCUCCGAACCGCGCCGAACCGCCCCGCGCUCCUCAGGUGUGUAGAUGAAGUGAAGGCCCGAUGUUGGACCCUCGGCUAAGGGAGGACGAUGACCGCGGUUACGUGGAGGACUCAGGGCUGGGUUCGGCGGUGCAGGACGUCCCGGCCGGCGGUCUGUCGGAGAGGGAGUUCUCCUGCCACUGCUGCUACGACGUCCUGGUGAACCCCACCACGCUAAACUGUGGCCACAGCUUCUGUCGGCACUGCCUCGCCCUGUGGUGGGAGUCGUCCGGCAAGAACGAGUGUCCCGAGUGCCGGGAGAGAUGGGAGGGUUUUCCCAAAGUCAACAUCCUGCUCAGGGAUGCUGUAGAGAAGCUUUUUGAAGCUGACGUUAGAAGAAGGCGUAGAGAGAUCCAGAAUAAUCCCCGAAUCGCCCACUCCCUACUGGCCUUCCAGCGUCACGGCGACGAGCAGGCCAGUCGCGGAGCUGCACCAGGAGGCCCACGCCGAGGAGCCGGCAGCUUCUUCUCCGGAGUACUGACCGCACUGACCGCCGUCGCUGUGAUGCUGCUGGUGUAUCACUGGUCCAGUGGGGAAGCCCAUCACGAGGUUCUGGUCAGUAAGCCGCUCAGCAGGUGGACAGCUGAUGACGUCACGAUGUGGAUGGAGCACCUGGGGGCAUGGACCAAUCAGUACAGAGAGACCUUCGUCAGAGAGCAGGUCAACGGCAGGCUGCUGACUCUGCUAGGGGAUGAUGAGUUAUCUAGACCUCCAUACAGCAUAGAAAACCCCGCCCACAGGAGGGCGGUGCUUGAGGAACUGCGCAAAGUCCGAGAGCUCGGAGUUAAACCUCCACAGAACCUCUGGGAGUACAAGGCGGUGAAUGGAGGGAAGUCUCUCUUUCUUCUUUACGCUCUGAAAGACUCUCCACGUCUCACCAUCCUCUACCUGUACCUGUUCGACUAUGACGACACCUUCCUCCCAUUCAUACACACCUGCUGCCCCACACACACACCACACACACACCUGGAGGACCUGCCCACCAGGACUCCACAGGUGGAGCCUACCUGGCGUCAGUGGGCGGAGUUUUUGGUGAAAUACUCCUUGCUGCCCUAUCAGCUGCUGGCGGAGUUUGCGUGGGAUUGGCUGAGCGUUCAUUACUGGACGUCGCGUUUCGUCAUCGUUAACGCCAUGCUGCUGUCUGUGCUGGAGGGGUGCAGCUUCUGGAGGGUCUGGAGCCGCGGGGAGAUCAGGACGCUCCCUAAGCGGAUGUUGGGGCACCUGUGGAAGAUGCUGACCCACAGUGUGGCGUUUAUGAUAUUUUGGCCGUUUGUUCCGCAGUUUGUCUGUAACUGUCUGUUCUACUGGGCGCUUUACUUCAACCCCAUCAUCAACAUCGACAUGGUGGUGCAGCAGCUGAUGCACACGAACACACACCACGCCUAACACACACACACACACAACACACCUGAACAGGUGAGCAUGAAGCUGUCAUUAGCGUGGCAUCGUUACUUGUGGCGCACUAAUGACAGCUUCACACUCACCUGUUCAGGUGUGUUACAGGUGAAUUACAGGUGUGUGAACACCUUUGUUCAUUUCAGUUCCUGCAGGUUCAAUGUUUUACCUUCUGCAUUUUACAUUAAAGCGAUAGUUCAGCCCCCCCCCCCCAAAAAA